GUGUUGUGUGUGUGCAGCACGUGUUUGCAAUCAAAGCAUCGUUCGCCGUGAGAAGCGAAAGCGAAUCCAAGAAGAGUGGGAGGCACACGCACGACGCACUCACUCGGAAUCUCCAAUCUCUAAUCGGAGACAAAUCGACUUCGCCACAGACAACUAGAGUGAGCCUCGUACGGAAAUGUGGCGCUGCAUCGCUCGCGGACUUCGUGGACCUGCCUCCACCAGAUCCACCCCCAACCACCCACUCCGAUCUCACCUUUCUAGAUUCUUCUCUAGUGGGGUGAACUCUUCCUACACCGUGGUCGACCAUACUUACGACGCCGUCGUCGUGGGUGCUGGUGGCGCCGGAUUGAGGGCUGCUAUUGGGCUUUCGGAACAUGGCUUCAAUACUGCUUGUAUCACCAAGCUCUUCCCAACUCGUUCGCACACUGUUGCAGCUCAGGGUGGUAUAAAUGCUGCUUUGGGAAAUAUGACGGAAGAUGACUGGAGGUGGCACAUGUAUGAUACUGUCAAGGGAAGUGAUUGGCUAGGAGAUCAAGAUGCCAUCCAAUAUAUGUGUAGGGAAGCACCAAAGGCGGUCAUUGAGCUAGAGAAUUAUGGAUUACCAUUUUCUCGAACAGAGGAUGGAAAAAUAUAUCAGCGUGCAUUUGGUGGUCAAAGCUUAAACUAUGGAAAAGGUGGUCAAGCUUACCGCUGUGCAUGUGCUGCUGAUCGAACUGGGCAUGCUUUAUUGCACACUCUCUAUGGCCAAGCUAUGAGACACAAUACCCAGUUUUUUGUGGAAUAUUUUGCUUUGGAUCUUUUAAUGAAUAGUGAUGGAAGUUGCCAAGGAGUAAUUGCCUUGAAUAUGGAGGAUGGAACGCUCCAUCGUUUCCAAGCUGCUUCAACGAUUUUGGCCACAGGGGGUUAUGGUAGAGCAUACUUUUCUGCAACCUCAGCACAUACAUGUACUGGAGAUGGCAAUGCCAUGGUUGCACGUGCUGGCAUUCCUCUCGAGGAUUUGGAGUUUGUGCAAUUUCACCCAACCGGUAUAUAUGGAGCAGGUUGCCUCAUCACGGAAGGUUCUCGUGGUGAAGGUGGAAUUCUUAGAAAUAGUGAGGGUGAGCGAUUUAUGGAACGAUAUGCCCCUACUGCAAAGGAUCUUGCAUCAAGGGAUGUAGUUUCAAGAUCAAUGACUAUGGAGAUUCGGGAAGGUCGUGGUGUAGGGCCCCUGAAAGAUCACAUCUACCUCCACUUGAAUCACUUACCCCCAGAUGUGCUCAAGGAGAGACUUCCUGGUAUCUCUGAAACUGCUGCUAUUUUUGCUGGUGUGGACGUUACAAAGGAACCUAUUCCUGUUUUGCCAACUGUACAUUAUAACAUGGGUGGUAUUCCCACAAACCAUCAUGGAGAGGUGGUUACCAUUAAAGGUGACAAUCCAGAUGCAGUGGUUCCUGGAUUGAUGGCUGCUGGGGAAACAGCCUGUGCAUCAGUCCAUGGCGCCAAUAGGCUUGGUGCAAAUUCACUUCUGGAUAUUGUUGUUUUUGGUAGAGCUUGUGCAAAUAGAGUUGCAGAAGUCCGUAGACCAGGAGAGAAACAAAAGCCUUUAGAGAAGGAUGCUGGUCAGAAAACAAUUGCGUGGCUGGACAAAUUGAGAAAUUCAAAUGGUUCGUUGCCAACCUCAAAAAUUCGGUUGAAUAUGCAGCGAGUGAUGCAAAGCAAUGCUGCUGUAUUCCGUACACAAGAGACCUUAGAAGAAGGUUGUCAAUUAAUCGAUAAAACGUGGGAGAGCUUCCAUGAUGUCAAGUUGGAGGACCGAAGUUUGAUAUGGAACUCCGACUUGAUUGAGACUAUUGAGUUGGAAAAUCUUUUGAUAAAUGCAUGCAUCACAAUGCACUCUGCUGAAGCUAGGAAAGAGAGUAGAGGAGCUCAUGCCCGUGAAGACUUUAAGACUAGAGAUGAUGAGAACUGGAUGAAACACACUGUGGGAUUCUGGGAGAACGAGAAGGUCAGGUUGGAUUACAGGCCAGUGCAUAUGAAUACAUUGGAUGAUGAGGUUGAAUCAUUUCCUCCCAAGGCUCGCGUGUAUUAAUAUACUUGCUUAUGGAUGGCUUUGAUUUGUCGUCUCAAUGUUAAAUGACAGGAAAAAAAAAAUGCAAUAAAACGUCCUAGAUACGCAAUUUUGAUUUUUGAUGAUAAUUGUUGCAUUCAUCAUCAAUGUUGAUUGAUAUUCCUGGCAUUCUCAAAUAACACUCUGUAUUUGCAGCAGAGAAUAAUAGCAACACAGUUCUGAUAACUGUCUGUAUUUGACAAGUCUUUUCGUAUUUGCUAUAAAGCUAAGUUGUGCAUCUGCACGAUUGUAGUU